AUGGAUGAAAUCAAAGAGAAAUCAAAGUUUAGACUGAGACUUCUGAUUGAUGAGAAGAGAAACAAAGUUGUUCUGGCUGAAACUUGUAGGGAUUUUGUUGAUCUACUCUUCAGUUUUGUAACGUUGCCAAUGGGCACCAUUGUCAGAUUGCUUGAUAAGCAUCAAAAGUUGGAGCCAGUGAGCGUUGGGUGUUUCAACAACCUCUACACAAGUGUUUCAGAUAUGGUCGUUGAUGAUUUCGAGACUGAGGCUUGCCAAAGUAUGUUGCUGUAUCCAAGGAGCAGCAAGGAGAUCCAUUGCAGGAGCCUGAAGCUGAACAUUGAUGAUACUGAGGCCCAUAUUUCCGGAAGAGGGAAAGUUGUUCAGGUUUCGGAAGAGGAGCAAAUUGGAGGCUCAAUAGGAAAUGUUGAAAAUGGAGUGUUUGUCAGCUGUCGUUCCUCUUACAUUGUCACUGAUGAUCUGAGAGUGACAUUGAGCUCUCUCGGUGUUAUUGGAAAUGUUCUCAAAGAACUAGGAUAUGCAGAUUUUGAUGGCUUGCAGGAAAUCCUUCUUGAUGCUGGUUUUGAAGAGCUCAUCAGCAUUCUUAGAGCUUCGUUGAUUUCCCGUUCUGCAUUGAACAAUGGUCUAUCAAGCGUUCUGCAUUGA